AAAUUUAUGUUGGCACCUCUAGCUGUCAUUCCUUUAUUUACAUUUAUUUAUCGUUUUUAAUCAAGUUUUAAUCUUAUCAUACAUUUAAACUAUGCCAUGAACUUGAUGUAUCGCAGGAUACCAUUUAUCUACUUUAUAAUUUCGAAUGCGUUUUAAUUAUUUUACCAAGAAAUUAUUUACCGCCUUUAUCGAACGGAAAACCAUAGCUUCCAAUAGUUCCAUGGAUAUACAAUCUUUUGUGUUUUUGGAUACAGAAACUACUGGAUUACCAUAUCAAGAGUACAACAAAACCAAAUUAACUGAAUUAUGCAUGAAUGUUGUUCAAGCGGACCAUAUCAGUCUUGGGGUCUUUCCCAGGGUCCAAAAUAAAAUCAGCUUUUGUUUUAAUCCAUGUAAAAUGAUCCAAUUAACAGCCGAAAAAAUAACAGGUCUUUCAAAUACUCUCUUAGAGCACCAACCGAGUUUUACAGAAAGCACUUUAGAAAUAAUCAAACAAUUUUUAAAUUUACAAAGAAAACCUGUUUGUUUAGUAGCUCAUAAUGGUUAUGGUUUUGAUUAUCCAAUUUUUAAAGCGGAAAUACAUAAAGUAGGAGGUGCUUUAUCAGAUGAUAUUUACUGCAUUGAUACGUUAGUGAUGUUCAGAAAUUUACAUAAGAAAAAAAUUGAAGCUGAUAUGAUUCUUGAACAGGAAAAAGCAAAAUUAGCAAAGCCUAUUCCUGCUGAACUCUGCGACGGUUUUGAUGAACUUCUUGUUGCAAGUGUAGAAAAAUAUGAGAAGAGUAUACAAGAAAUGAACGAGACUACACCUCGUAAAAAUAAUAACCAAAGAAUUGUAACUGAUCCUAAUUUAAAAUUAGAAGAUCUAUAUUUUAAUCCAAAUACUUCAAAUCCUACAACUUCAAAAAAUGGAGCUACUAUUCAUAAUGAAGUAAAAUGCAAAAAGAAAUUAAUUAAUGAAAAAAUCAGCUUUAAAUUAGUUGAUAUUUAUGAAAGAUUAACAAAUAAAUCUUCUCAAAAUGCUCAUCGGGCUGAAGAUGAUUGUAAUAUGUUAAUUGAGUGUGCAGCUACUUUGGGACAAGAAUUUGUUGAUUAUGCAAAUGAGAAUGCCAAGAAGUUUUGCGAUAUUCCAAUGAUGACAAUUGGAAAGCAACUUGGAACAUAAAAUAUAAGUUAUAACAAAGAAUUGAGAUAAAGUUAUUUUUAUCUUUACAAAUUUUCUAAUCCAAAAAUAGCUUACAUACAAAACUAGAAAUGUUUUUUUAAACAAUAACCUUUUGGUUAUUGUAAUAGUUAUAAAUAUAAUUUUUUUAUUGUCUUA